AUAACGCUCGUAAAAUUACCUAUAAAAAACCUAUAAAAAAUGUUUAAGAAAUCGCGUAAUCAUAAAACCUUGGCACCGCCAAUACCUCCAAGCAUUGAAGAAAUUCGAGAAGACAUGAAGACAUUUCAAAUAGACGUUGAACCCCAACCCAAUUCUACAAGUAACUCAUUAGAAACUUGGUGGUACACAUUUGAGCAAUUUAUUAAUGACUUAAAAUGUCUGAAAAUGCUUGAGAGUGAAAUUGCAGACUACAAAGUGAAAUUGGAGACCCGUCAAAUAGAAAUUGAUACAGAAGCCAAACUUUUAAAAAACGAAAUUGAGGAACAGAAGCAACAUAUUGAUUCAAUCAUAGAUUAAAUGCAGGCA